ACUCUUUUGUGUCUUGCAAGACGUGAAUAAUAUCCUAUAAGAUUUGUGCUUUAUUAAAAGUUACUCUUCAUUGGUUAAAUUCUACGUUUUGUAUUGUUCUACAACCGGUUUUUAUAGAAAUAAAAUACGGUAAAUUUUUGUAAUAAAAUCUAACUGAAAAAAACUGUAUUAUAUGAAUAGAUUCUUCGAACGACAUCGUAUACACACGCGAUUGAUUCGUGGGGUGUUAGUAUCGUUAUGUAUGAAUGUCUUAUUGGUCAAUUACUAUUUGCUGAAAGUAAAAGUCAAGAUAAUCUUUUUUAAAAAAUUCUUAAUCUUGCACCAACAUAUCCAUCUAGUUUAUUAUCAGCUGCACUUGAUUUGAUCAAACAGUUUCUUGAAAAAGAACCAACUCAACGGUAAACAAGAAAAAAGAAAUAUUUAUUCAAUAAAUUAUUAUUUUUUUAAAUUUUAGUAUUAGUUCAGGAGUAGAAGAUGUUUGUGAGGUUGAACGUCAUCUAUUCUUUUGUAAUAUUUCAUUGGGUUUCUAUAAAUAGAAAAAGGUCUGUUUUUUUCAUAUCAAAUAAACUUUUAAAUAAAAAGAAAAGUUUUUAAGAUUUCACCUUUUUUUUAAACCAGAACUUGACUCAGAUACAGAUACGAGUUACUUUCAUACAGAAUUUACCAAUGAACCUAUUUGUGUAACAUCAUCUGAUCAUAAGAAAAAAACUUUUUAUCAUUUGAAAUAAAAUCAAAUAAUCUAUUGUUAGGUAGUACCGAAUUUAUUAAUGCUCUUGGCAUGUCAGAUAAUGCAUUUGAACGGUGCAUUCUUUUUCAUCUAAAUAAUCAUAAUAAUAUAUUAAUUAAUUUAGUUUGACUUAUGUUGGUGAGGAUAGUUUAAGUCAUAUUGCAUCUCGAUCAGUUUUAUCAAUGACACUAUCCAGUGCAGCUUGUUCAUAA